AUGGGCACAGGUAAAGAGCAACGGUCCCAUGUCCCAAAGUUCGGCGGCUGGGAUAAAGAUAAUGUGCCAUACACUGCCUAUUUUGAUAACGCACGGAAAGGGAAAUCCGGCGUGAGGAUGAACCCAAAUGAUCCGGAGGAGAAUCCAGAGGCCUUCAUGUAUGCUAGUGGGGGCAUGGAAGAUGAUGUUGAUUUUGCUUCCGGAGCCUUUGAGGGAACUAACUCAGAGAAACAGAACAUUGAGGGACUCAAAGGGCACAAUGCACAUUCGAUGAGCCCUUCUGACCAUCGAAAGAAUGCAAGGCACAAUAACCUGACAUCAGAAUCAGGAAGUGAGAAAAGUAGUUCUGACCAUUCACUGUUGCAGGCUCAGAAGACUGGUUUGGCUGUUGAGGGAAAUAAAGCCUUGUCUUCAUCACGACAUUCUAGACAGAGAAGUGGAAGUACUCAUCCAUUUGAUCAUGAGGGUCAUCACAGGGCAGCAUCAAUUCCCAAAUUUGGAGCAUGGGAUGAAACAGACCCCAGUUCUGUUGCUGUUGCUUUCCGAGGGGGGAAUGAGCGACUAGAUGGCUACUUCAGCUUCUUACAACCUUGCUUAAGAGCAGAAGAUCAUGUCGUUUGA